AUGAAUUUGUGUAAAGUGUUGUGGUCACGCCUUGCUUUGGGUGUUUUAUCAGUUAUAUUCUUAUUGCUUUAUAUCGCCCAGUACAAGAAAUAUCGUUCAAACUUUGCUGAUUUGUCUGAUAAAUGUUCAAAAUUAAUGGUACAUUCGGGUGGUUUGAGUGCACAAUUACAAUUAUUAAUGGAACGAAACCAUCGGGCUGAAGAAUUAUUGGUUAAUUUACGUGCUAAAUAUAAUCAAGUUUUGAUGGAAACCAAUGAAAGAUACGAAAAUCUUGAAGUACAAUGGUUAGUUUGUGAGGAAACGCUAAAAAAGUGUUUGGUUGGAGUAACAACUGAUAAAAAGCAAUUUAAUGGUGAUAAAAAACAAUUUAGUGGUGGAAAAGGUACCAAUUUUCAAAAUCGUUUGUUCCAGUGCCAGACAGAGAUAAAGGAAUUCAGAAAUCAAAUUGAAGAACUUAAAGAGGAAGCAAAAAACAUUUCGAUUAUCAAAAAUGAAUGUGAGAAGCUGUUAAUCAAUUCGCAGGUGAGAUUCAUGGAAAAUUUUGUUUAA